AUGGCAGGCAGCAAGGUGAAGGGAGGGGGAAGGGAGAGCUGGAUGAAGGGGUCAGUGUGUGGGGCGGAAGCAGGGGGGCCGGCCGGGGCCGAGGGGGCUGUGGGGGUCAUUAGGGCAGAGGCUAGGAACAGACUGACUGAGGGGCCUGGAGGAGGGGCGGGGCGCCAAGCCGGGGGACCAGGAGGGGGCCGGGGGGUACCGCGGGGGAGGCGGGGACGGGAGGGCUCGGCAGGGGCUAACGGGGUCUGGGGAAGGGGGGCAGCUGACAGGUGGGGGCGGGACAGGCCGAAGCGGAAGACUGGGGGGGGCGACCCGAGGGGGUCGGUGAGGGGAGGAGGGCUGGGGGAGGGGCGGGCCGGUGGGCACCGGGAAGGGGGGGAUCCGGGAGGCGGGCGCCGCUCGGCUGCUCAGGCCCGUCCGGCCCCGCGGCCUCGCGUGAGCGCGCGCCCCGGCCCGCACCCCAACUUCCCGGGCGGCCCCGCGGCGGGGCGGCGGACUCACCGGGAGCGCGGGGGGCUCAUCCUUCCUGCCGAGGGCCGGGCGGCCGGACUCCUGGGGCCCUCCCCGGCCGCCGCUGCCGCCCUCCCCCCGGGCCUUCGCGACCUCUCAGGCCGGCCCGGCUCGGGCUCCGGCUGCGGGGCGAGCUCCGGCUGGGGCGGGUGCGGGUGCGGGUGGGUGCGGGUGCGGCCGGCGCGGCGCGGCGCCUCCGUAGCGUCGCUCCCGCUCCUCUCGUCGUCUCUCCCGGCCCGCUCCCUCCCUCCUCCCUCUCUCCCCGCGCUGCGCGAGGCGGCGGCGGCGGCGGAUUCCAAUCAGUGCAGCCCGCGGCCCAGACGAGGCUCGGGACGUCGGAAGGAGCUGAGUGAGCUCCAGCGAAGACGCCCGAAGGGCUCCAGGGCGCUCCCCUCCGCUCCGCCCCGCCCCGCCCCGCCCCCGGCCUUGGUCGGCCUCGAGCGGAGGAACCUCGUGCUGGAAGUCUCCCCCUGCAGCCGCACCGGAGUCCGGCACACAGCAGGCGCCCAAUCAAUGCUAGUUGGCCGGCCCGCUUCUGGACCCCCCCCCCCAAAGCCAUUUCACAGAAAGAUACGGAAAGCAGGCUUCGUUGCUAUCAGCCCCGUGAGAGGGAAUUCCCACACCAACCACGCCUGGCUCCAUCUCCAACCAGAACACCCCAAGAACACGGCGACUUCCCCCUCAACACAGAUGCCCCUGGCCCUGGAUGGACCCUGGGUCCCUUCUCGGGAAUUCCGGCUCCCUACAUUCCGGUGUAAUCAGGAAGCUACCUGGACGUCUUCCACCCUACCCCCACCCCUGCUCGGGACACCUGAGGGCUUUACCUCCCAAUCAACAACACGCAGAUAG